UGGGGGGGUUUCGGGCUGGUCCGGCACUGCAGACCCCGCCAUGCCCGGCUCCGGCACCCGGCUCCUAGAAGAUGAAUUCCAGUUCAUCCUUUGCGAGGGCUGUGGGCAGGAAUCGCCCAACCUCAAGCUCCUCACCUGCCUCCACACCUUGUGCCUUGGCUGCCUGAGCAAGAACAAACCCAUCGAGCAGUGCCCCGUGUGCCAGAUGCCCACCCCGCAGGCCAGCGCCAUUCCCGACAUGGACAACCUGCUCUUCAUCAACCUGCAGGCCAGGCUCAAGGUCUACAAGAAGAUCAUUGGUGGAGAUGAGUUGUUCUGUGACAACUGCAAGAAACCCAGUGAGUUCUGGUGCUCUGAGUGCGAGGAGUUCCUCUGCACCAAGUGCUCUGAGGCCCAUCACCGCUAUAUGGCAAGCCACCAAGCCAAGAGGGUGAUGGACAUCAGGGCAGGGUCUGCUAAGGACUUCCUUGAGGGCACCCGGAGGACCAGUAACUUCUGCUGCUCCAACCCGGCCCAUAAGAACCAGACUGUAAGCAUCUACUGCCAGCAGUGCGAGAAGGCGCUGUGCUGCUCGUGCGCGCUGCUGGACAGCCGGCACACGGCCUUCUGCGACAUCCGCAGCGAGACCCAGCGCCGGCAGCAGGAGCUGGGCACCGUCACCCGCGCCCUGCGGCACCAGCGCGGCGGCUUCGAGGCCACGUGCGCGGCGCUGCGGGAGGAGGCGUCGCGGCUGGAGCGGGCGCAGCGGGAGCUGCGGGAGCUGAUCCGGCAGCGCGUGGAGCAGCUGGUGCGGGUGCUGCGGCGCGAGGAAGAGGAGCUGCUGGGGAUGCUGGAGGCGCGGCAGGAGCAGGGCCGGCGGGAGCUGGCGCGGGAGCUGCAGCGCGUGGAGGGGGUGCUGCGGCGCAUGGAGGCGGGCGAGCGGCUGGUGGAGAAGAUGGGCCUGUACGCCACGGAGCAGGAGGUGAUGGACAUGCAGCCCUUCAUCAAGGGCGCGCUGCAGGACCUGCAGCGGGCUGCGGUCAGGAGCCAAGCGCUGCCCGUGGGCUUCGCUGAGUGCAGAGCCCGGCUGCAGGCGCUGGUGGAGCGCGUCGAGGGGUACGCAGCCCCCGUUCCCAAAACAGGUACCUCAGCUCCCCACCACGACUCAGUGUCUGAAGAAGGGGCUACCCUCAUCCUCCACCUGGAGCCUCCCAGGGGGCAUUACCAACCGCAUGGAGGUCUCCCCAUGGGGCUGCCUGCCCCCCAGCAGCCCUGUGCCCCCGUAUCGGACCCCUUCAGCAGCAGAGGACACGUGUGUCCAAGGCAGGGAGGGGAUGUGUCCCCCACCCAACCCACAUCUCCAGGCCUGCCGAUGCAGAGGGAUGAAGAAACAGAGACGGAUGCCAGGUCAGCCCACGGGGACACUGUGCCUCUUCCCAGGAGCAUCCAGGACUCUCUGGCCUUGCUGCAGGAAGAUUUCGGUGGCUGGGCCAGGUCCAACAGGCAGCAGGCAGAAAAGCUCCUGAAGAUGGGCAAUCGCCUCCUGCAAGCUCAGCACAGGGCAAACAGGCACUUGGUGUCCAUGACCCAGGAGAUCCGGGCCAUGUCCCACUCCCUGGCCAGCAUCGCCUCGGCUGUGGGCCCCUUGCUGCAGGCCACGGGCAACCCCCAGGACCCCCAUCCUGCAGACAUGGAGUGGCCAUCGCUGCCCUCUGGCAUGCUGGAAUUGCUGCUUCCCAGCACCCUGCAGAGGCAGGAGCCACUGCUCCCGGUGGCUGCCACGGCCCCUUCCCAUGUGAGCUCCCCUCCUGCCUCCCCCCCUGCGAGCCCAGCACGCUCGGAGCCCCCCAGCCCAGCCUCCGAGGAGGAGCAUCCCAAACCAAGGCAUCCCAGCAGCAGCAAGCGUGGUGGGAAGCCCAGCACCAGGCUUCGGAAGCGAAGGAAGAAGUGAGGGGCUACAGACCAGGAUGCUUGCCAUGGGCUGCAGCUGCGCGUGAUACCCUUAUGGAGACCAGGGUCUCCAUUUCACCUUGCUGUGCCAAUAAAUCCUCAUGGAAUGAA